GCUGUGUUUUCCAUUGUCCACAGAACAUGCUGCUAACAGGAGCUCUGCCUUCUUCUUUGUAGUAAAAAACAACUACAAAUGGACCGCGGUUUGAAGCGCCGGCAGGUGAAGCCACUCGCCGCCUCCCUGUUAGACGCCUUGGAUUAUGACAGCUCUGAUGACAGCGACUUUCAAGUGGGAGAUGCUUCAGGAUCAGACGGCACAGGGAACGGCAGUGAUGAGGAAGGGUCUAAAGCGAGCGCCGCAGGUUCAGAGAGCGACUCGGAGAACGCUGCCUCUGCAGACGACGGCAUAGACGAGGAAGAGGCCAAAGACCUGGCUGCUGAGGACAACCUGACAGAAGAUGAAGAGAAGAACAAACAGCAGCCGUCUUCAGACAGCUCCACCAAAGAUGCCCCAGCCCCCCCGUCCAAAAGCAGACGCAAGAGCAAGAAGACGUCAGAGGCCGAGCCCGCUGCAGCUGCUGGCAGUGGGUCUGCUGACACUGCUGCCUCUGGGUCUGGGUCUGGGUCUGGGUCUGGGUCUGGGUCCGGAUCCGGGCCCGGGUCCGGAUCUGGAUCUGGGUCCGGGUCCGGGUCCGGUUCCGGCAGCGUGAACACUGAGGAGUCGCAGACUGAGCCCAAGAAAUGGAAUUUCCGCAGGAACCGCCCCCUGCUGGACUUCACCACCAUGGAGGAGCUGAACGAGAUGGACGACUACGACAGCGAGGACGAUAACGACUGGAGGCCCACAGCAGGGAAGAAGAAGAGUAAGACCGCCACCCAGAAAGGAGGCACAGAGGAAGAGGAGGGAGGCAGCGCGAGUGACGACGACGACGAUGAUGAUAACGACGACGACGAUGACGACGACGACGAUGAUGACGACGAUGACGAUGAUGAGGACGACGACAAGGAAGACGGCGACGACAACAACAACAACAACAACAACAGCAGCAGUGACACUGACAAAGAGGUGAAGAAGCCCAAGAAGAAAGCCAAGAGCAACAGCACGUUUGAUGAAGAGCUGACUAACGACAGCAUGUCUCAGGGAAAAGGCAACGAGGACGCCUUGCUGGACCGCUCCCAGGCCUGGAGCACCCAGCACAUCCUCAUCUGCUGCGUGUGUCUGGGAGACAACAGCGAGGACGCAGACGAGAUCAUCCAGUGCGACAACUGCGGGGUGACCGUGCACGAAGGGUGUUACGGCGUAGAUGGAGAGAGCGACUCCAUCAUGAGCUCCGCCUCGGAGAACUCCACCGAGCCUUGGUUUUGUGAUGCCUGUAAGAACGGAGUGGCUCCCAGCUGCGAGCUCUGCCCCAACCAGGAUGGCAUCUUCAAAGAGACCGACGCCGGAAGGUGGGUGCAUGUGGUUUGUGCACUUUAUGUUCCCGGAGUAGCGUUUGGAGACAUCGAUAAACUACGACCAGUGACGCUCACAGAGAUGAAUUAUUCAAAAUACGGGGCCAAGGAAUGCAGCUUCUGUGAGGACGCCCGCUUUGCCAGGACCGGUGUGUGCAUCAGCUGUGACGCAGGGAUGUGUCGCUCCUACUUCCAUGUCACCUGUGCACAGAGAGAGGGACUCCUGUCUGAAGCUGCAGCAGAGGAGGAUAUCGCCGAUCCAUUCUUCGCAUACUGCAAACAGCACGCAGACCGCUUUGACAGGAAAUGGAAGAGGAAAAAUUACCUGGCUUUGCAGUCGUACUGUAAGGUCUCUCUGCAGGAGAGAGAGAAACAGCUCACACCUGAAGCUCAGGCCAGAAUCACGACCCGUCUGCAGCAGUACCGCGCCAAAGCAGAGCUGUCCAGGAACACCCGGCCUCAGGCGUGGGUGCCCCGGGAGAAGCUGCCGCGACCUCUGACCUCCAGCGCCUCGGCCAUCAGGAAGCUGAUGAGGAAGGCGGAGCUGAUGGGCAUCAGCACCGACAUUUUCCCCGUGGACACGUCGGACGCCAACGCCAGUAUGGACGGACGCAGGAAACACAAGCAGCCCGCCCUGACGGCAGACUUUGUCAACUACUACCUGGAGCGGAACAUGCGAAUGAUCCAGAUCCAGGACAACAUCUCCGAGCAGAAGAACUUAAAAGACAAGCUGGAGAGCGAGCAAGAAAAACUGCACGUGGAGUACAACAAGCUCUGUGAGUCUCUGGAGGAGCUGCUGAAUGUCAAUGGAGAGCUGAGGAGUGAAGGCCAGGCCAUGUGGACUCUGCUGGGGGGCAUCCUGGGCCAGAAACUAAACACUCCAGCUGUUCUGAAGGCUCCUAAAGAGAGGAAGCCCAGCAAGAAAGAGGGAGGAAACCCUGGAAAGUCAUCCAGCCUGCCAGCAAUCCUCUACAGCUGUGGCAUCUGUAAGAAGAACCAGGACCAACAUCUGCUGGUGCUGUGUGACACCUGCAAGCUGUACUAUCACCUGGGCUGCCUGGAGCCUCCUCUAACACGCAUGCCCAAGAAGACCAAGAACAGCUACUGGCAAUGCUCCGAGUGCGACCAGGCCAGCAGCGAUGAGGCCGAUAUCGCCAUGGAGACGCUGCCCGACGGCACCAAGAGGUCCAGGAGGCAGAUCAAAGGACCAAUCAAAUUCAUCCCACAGGAGAUGUCACCGGAGCCCAAGAAACAUCAAAGAACCAGAGGGCAGAAGAGGAAAAGAAUUCCCAUCUGUGAAGACAGAGAAGAUAAAAUUGAGGAACCACUGCCACGGGAACGCCGACAACGCCAGUCUACAAUGCAGAAAAAACCCAAAGCAGACGACACGAGGACUGAGUGUACAACCUGCAAAGGACCGGGUGACAACGAAAACCUUGUGAGGUUGUGAGAGCCGGGGCAGCCACCUCACCUCCCAUAAAAACUCGGGACAGAUGACCGUUGGCUUAGAGACAGAGAGAGGCAAAUUGAGGGCGUUUGAAGAAUGGCGGUUGUGUCAGGCUGAAGAACAAGACCAUCAUGCCGGCCUGCAACGAACCUCUGAUCCAAACUGGACCAACAACUGUCCAACGAAAAUUGAGUGGGACUGUCUGAGUCUCAAAAAAAUAAGGAAUCCAAAUCCUAAAAGGUUUCUUUAAGCCAAUUCUGUUAAUGUUGGACUGCUUUUACACAUUACCAGGAACUUGGUUGAUGGGUCAUUCAUUUUUCUUUGACAGACUGUAGCUCCAGUUGCAUGUAUGCAAUGAUCUUCACUUAUAAAAUAAAAGCAUUUAUGUAUUCAUACAAUUCAUGUAAGUAACUACAGUAUGUUUCUGGGGCUACUCAGGAUAGCAUUUAACUAAAGUAGAAGUAAAGAAUGACUUCAGAGCUAACCAUCAACUGUGUGAAUACAACUGUUUCAGAUAUCAUUUAUGAGACUGAGUCCUAUCAUCUUUAAUGUCCCAUUGAAUGGUAUCAUCACUUCCUUAUUGUGAUGUAUUUCCUUUUUGAGUAAGGAUGUUGGGACAGGACAUCAGACAGUAAGGGAUCAGAAUGAAUGCUACUGAGUGGAAUAAGUUUGAUUCAGUAGAACAAAAGAAACCAUUUUUGAUUAUUUCAUUAAUAAGAUUUUAGUUCCAGGAUAUCUGACUGAAGAUGCACUGCAGCAGUUUUUCCAUGAAGCACGGGAUAUUUUAAGAUCAACAAGUUUUCCGUUCUAAUCUGACGGCCGUUGAGCGUAACAAGAUUGUACAAAUCUGGCGAGUUUCUCGACCGCUCCAGCGGCUGCCAAGUUAGUUUGUCUGCUUGGCUCUGUAGGAAAUGACUAGAAGAUUCUCGGUCCGUUCAUCAUGUUGCUUGCAGUGUGGAAAGCAAGUGCUCUAAAACUGCUGCACUGCUUGGAACAGUUGAUAUUUGCAUCUUCUGUUUAAGGACUAUAUUCCCGAUGAAUCCUCUCUAUGCCUCUAGGUGCAACCAACAUAUAUGGAAUUCUUUUUAAACAAUUGCUUUUUUAAUCAAUAUGAGGACAUUACUUUGCAUUUUUGCCCUCCCUGCACGACUUCUCAUCAGUGCCAAUCAGUAUUAUUGAUUGAAGUCAUCUGCCACCCAAUCACCCUGAGCAUUUCAGUGUGAAUUCGGUUAAUUGUAGACACACUUGAACCAAGACUUCCCCAGACUUGAGUGUUGUGUUUUGUUUCCUUAAAGUAAAUGGAGAAGCAGAAGUAUGAAGAAAAGUCAGUGUUGUGUAUAGAAAAGCAAACAGUUUCCGGUGUAUUGACGUGUAGCAGAAAAGUAAUGCUACAUUACAGCAUCUGUAGUAGAAACACAAUAGUGUAGUUAGCCAUAAUAGUACUUAAAUAUGAAUACAAAUGUGGUUAGUGUCUUUAGGCAUUUAGAAGUCUUCCUCUGUCUCCAUAUCUUGAAGUGACAGUUAAACUGAUGCGUACUCAGAAAGAAGCCCAGCUUUGUCUCCAGGUCUCUGGUGGCCCAUAGUCAGUGCUGUCAAAACAACAGCUGCUUACUGCUCUGUCAGGGCUCAUGACAAGUGUCACAUUCUGCCCUCAUAUGUCACUCUGUUGCCCAUCCAGGGCCCUAUAUGCAUGCUUUUGGGAGCAGUCAAACUCAUGCAGCUUACUGCUUCUGCCUCUCUGGAGUGUGUCCAGAAACAACACCAAGCUGGGUUUGUCUUUGGAGAUGAGAUCUCGGUGCAGAAUGACUUGCUGACUCCUGACCAGUCCUCUCUCAUCACUCAUACUCAGUCAGUCUAAAAAAACUGCUUGUCAGUUCUACAAUGCAUGGCUAUAUCUAUUUACCCAGAUCUGUACAAUACUUUUAAACUGAAAAUAAAUGACGUGGUCUUGUAGAAUUUGAAUGCCAGGUAGCUGUGUAGUGUGACAAUGUGUACAGUAUUUAUUGAAGAGGCCAAACAUUCAUGUAUAUUCUUUUUGUGCCUACGUACUUGAUUAAAUAUCAUAACUUUGUGUUGUCAGCAGAGUUGAACUCUGUUUUGUGAUGUAGUCUUGAAGCGACUACUUUUUAAAUUUAGUUUUUUUUUGCCACACUCUUGUUUACAUUUGUUUACAGAAAUACCUUUAAGGGAAUAUUUCUGAUUUAUUGUGUACUGUAUUACUGUGAUACUGUACGAAGUAAGAAUGUGAAUGUCGCUGCUGUUGUGUAUGUGAAGUGUCUCAGCCUCUGGCCUAUAGCUCUUGAAAAUUAAGCAGAGCUUUAAUAAACUCUUGACUUUUUC